AAAAAUACAAUGCCCCGUGAGCCCCUUCAAAAACCUAAUUCGGAUUAACCGUUGGAUCGAUUUCCACCUUCAUCAGUUCCUUUCUAUCACCGGCGAGACUUGGCCUGAUGUACGGUUCGGAGAAACUUACGGACGACUCGGAGCGAACUGCUUUUAGAAGAGCAGAGAAGAAGUACAAGCUGUAUUAUGAUAAUGCUUCCAAAAAAAAAAAGCAAGCAAAACCGGUGGACAUAUCGGAGGUCCUCGAUUUUAGGACUGUUCUGGAAUGCCAUAGACUUGAUGGGGAGCUUCCUUCAGGUGUUUCCCUUCUUGAGGAAAAGUUCAGUUGUCCCGUAUUUUGUUUGGAAAAUCGCCCUGGAUUUUAUUUUCUUCCUGGAGCAUUGAAUGUGGAGGAACAAUGUAUACUGAUAAGGGAAAGCUUAACUGAUUUCCCGCAGCCCCCUAACAGAACAAACCACAAUGCAAUAUAUGGACCUAUCCAUGACUUGUUUCUUGCAGCAAAAGAAGGGAAAGUUCUGAUUGAAGAUAAUUCUCCAAUAAGCUCAUCUGAAUCCAAUCCUGAUAUAAUCAAUAGAGUUGGUGAGGAGUGGAAAUUUUCGGUAGAAAAUGCGGAGUCUGUGAAACACUGCAAAUCAGUUUCUUCUUCUGCUUUAUUGCGGAAGUUGCGAUGGAGCACUCUUGGCCUACAAUUUGAUUGGUCCAAGCGGAACUAUGAUGUUUCUCUCCCUCAUAACAAGAUCCCUGAUGCACUCUCCAAGCUAGCCAAGCAAUUGGCAAAACCUGCAUUACCUGUAGGCGUUGAAUUCCAGCCUGAAGCCGCAAUAGUAAACUACUUUGCAUUAGGUGACACGCUCGGUGGCCAUCUUGAUGACAUGGAAGCAGAUUGGAGUAAGCCUAUUGUUAGUUUAAGUUUGGGCUGCAAAGCUAUAUUUCUUCUGGGAGGAAAAUCCAGGGAUGAUCCUCCUCUGGCAAUGUUCCUUCGAAGUGGUGAUGUUGUACUCAUGGCUGGAGAAGCUAGGGAGUGCUUUCACGGCGUUCCUCGGAUCUUCACAGACAAAGAAAAUGCUGAAAUUGACCAUCUUGAGGCUCAACUAUUGCGCGAAGAUGACGUUUGUUUCUUGAAAUAUAUUCAAACUUCAAGAAUCAAUAUCAACAUCAGACAAGUUUUCUGAGACGUAGUUUGUUUUUUUGCAAAUUGAAUUUUUGUUUCAUUACGAGUUCAUGAUAUAGAAGGGAGAAAGGAUAUUAUCAUUUUCUAUAUAAGAUUAUGAUUCAUAUAUAAGAUGGUUAUUGCUGAUUGUUGUCUUGGUUGCUGAGCGCACAACGGACCACUGAAUAGGCCUUGCAGAAGCAAAUGUCUUGUGCGGGAAGCAUUGAAAAUUAGAGAUUGAGAUUAAAAGAGAAUAAUUAAAAAGUGUUUAGCAUAAAAGAUUGAUUGUUAUAUGGGAUUAGCCAAACCCAUAUAUGUGAGAUUGA